CUGGCAUCGCGGGAGUCGCCAGGAGUUACCCACGGUGACCCAUGGUCACUCACGGUCCGCAGACGACGAGCGUUCGCGUUGCUUCCUCAGUCGGAGAACCUCGUUGACAAACGUUUGCUCGUGCCUCACGAGACCGUCCAGGCAGUUCCAAAGUCGGUACUUAUGAUAGAACAGCAUUACCAUUAUCACGGACCAGCGAUAAUCAGCUCCGGAGAUUGUCAGUUUGACAGUCCCGCGCUCCUGCGUUAGUUAACAGUGUCGAAGUGCCGAAGUGUCUCAGCGUCGAAGUAUAAUAUACUUCCGAAGAGUGUCAAGGAUAUAAUCGCAGUGAGACAGGCGAAGCCGCCGAUCACUCCGUUGCUGAAGAAUCGAGACAGCGAAGUUUCGAGCUCGGUCCCGUUCCUUCCGGGGCAGAUCCAGCCAGGUGACGUGCGCGAGUGGAUGUCAUCGGCGUAGUGAUUUCGGUCGUAGGUCGAGAGGAAGCGAGCCCACGGGAAAAGCGAACUUGAGGAGCAAUCUGGUCGAAAUCUGCGCGGGGCGAUCGAUCGUUCUCGCUCGACGUAAGCUCGAGUCGCGAAGAGCGCGAGGAUACACGAUCGUAGGAGGCGCAACGAGGAAAAACGCGCGGCGCAUCAGCAAGAAAGACGCGAUGCACCGUGAAUUUCUGAUCUCCCUGAUUGAAGUCAUCGAGCCCCGAUGCGAUCGUAGCGACGUAGUAUCUUGGCGAAUCUCGGCGCACGCCGACAAAAACGACUACCGAGGCGAUCGUCUCUAUCGAGACUUUCAUGGUAUCAGCGGGCGAAACAGCGCGACUAAUCGCAGGACGAAGUCACCGAGCCGCUAAGGACACCGGAGGACGAAGAGUGGUCGGGCACGCGAUGCCCAUUCCUGACAACGAGACCGAAACGCGCGCAUUCGUUGUACCGGGCGUCGUUGAUCCAGAUCACCCGUUCGCCAGGAUCCGCAUCGAUCAAGAUCACCGUUAUUCGAGAAUCUCGAUCGGAGAUUCGCGAUUGGAUCGCUAACUCCCUAGAUCUCGAGUCAUUUCGACUGGGAAGACUCGGAAAUUCUCAGGUUAUCGGGCCCGGGUGCCUCCAAUUCGGUGAUCUUUAAAUAGCUCGGCCGAGAAAUUCCUUGCGGGAUAUUUGCGUUAUCGCUAGGAUCGCAGAGGCACGUCCUCGUGGGGAACGAAUGAAAUUGUAAAAGAAGAGAAAGUCGGAGGGAUCCUCUUCUCCCGUAGAUGAGGAAAACGAAGAGCCGCGGGGGAGACGUCGCACGGGAAUAAUAAGAACGGAAGUGAGGGAGAUUCGGUGGAAGGAGAAACGUUGUUUUCAGUGGGUGAAAAGGAAGAUAAGGAGAAUUAGUAAGCGAGAGGUGUGAGGCGGUGAAAGAAGAUCAAGUAAAACGGGGGGAAAGGACGGUUGCGACUGUAAGACGUUGGCCCCUUUUCAACCGCCAUCAGGAUGUCACCCUGGUCCCUUCUCACCCUGUCGAUUCUUGCUGCUAUUUUCGGCGACUUCGCCAGCACUAUCCGCGCCGAGAGGAUGAGCGGUUUGUACGUAGACAACGGCUUCGACCAGACGGUGGUCCACCGUGUGGUCAGCCAACGUGAGAAACGCGAGGUCGAACACGAGAUCUUGAACCUGCUGGGACUUCCGGAUCGUCCGCGAAACACCAUCGGCAGGUCCACCCAGGUCAAGAGGUCAGCGCCCAAGUUCCUACUGGACAUUUACAAGAACGCCCUCGGCGAGGACGAGGAGGAGAGGCCCAAGUCGCAUCGGCGCAAGGCUGGGGAAUUCGGACUUACCGGGCAGGAUCUAAAAGCGAUCGAUCAGAGCGAUGUCAUCAUGACCUUUGCGCUACACAAUCGUCACGUCCCCGGGGUAAGGCAUGAAGGUGGGAAGAGACUUUGGUUCAACGUGUCCGAGGUCCCACCUGGAGAACACAUAAUUGCCGCGGAACUUCGGUUAUACCGCGGCGCGGACAUGAAGAGUCAAAGACAACAUCAGUCCUACACGAUCACGGCGUACCGGGUGUUGAAAACCGACGAUGGGAGGAGAAGAUUGAAAUACGUCGAUUCCAUAAACUCCACGACCAGCAGGGAGGGUUGGUUAUCGUUAAACGUCAGCGAGGCUCUCGGACAUUGGGUAAACAACCCCGAUGGCAACCGAGGGUUGUAUCUCUCUGUACAUCUUGCCGGAGGCUCACUGCACGAGGUGAGAGCGGAGGACAUCGGAAUCGUAGGAUCUCGGGGCGAUCCCGAUAAGCAACCCUUUCUGGUGGGCUAUUUCAAGAGUUCGGGCAAGAGAGAAUCCAAGGUCCGGCAGAAACGCGACGCCAACAGAAAGAAGAAGAGCGAGUCCUCCAAUUGGGAUUACCAGAAUCCUUACACAGAAACCGCUGCGCAACAUCACUCGCGGACCUGCAAGAUCCAAACGCUGUACGUCAGCUUUCGCGAUCUGCAAUGGCAGGACUGGAUCAUCGCGCCGGACGGGUACGACGCGUACUACUGCAGCGGAGAAUGUAAUUUCCCGUUGAACGCUCAUAUGAACGCGACCAACCACGCUAUAGUACAGACACUGGUGCACCUGGUGAGCCCGGGAAAAGUGCCGAAGCCUUGCUGCGCGCCCACCAAACUGUCCGCCAUCUCCGUAUUGUACUUCCUAGACGAGAGCAACGUGAUUCUCAAGAAAUACAAAAACAUGGUCGUGAAGAGUUGCGGCUGUCAUUAAACUAUCUUCUCUGACUAACCGAUAACGCUCAUCAAUCGAUGAUUUUGAUCGUCAAGUUCUAUCACACGAACGUAGAUCGAACGGUGAUCUCUCUCGUGGCCUAAAAUUGUCGGUUUUCGGGAAAUUCGGCAGCAACGAUGUAACCACAGCGAAUGAGAUGUUAAAGGGAACACAGUUAGCAAUUGCAUAUAUGUAAUCUUAUUUCGAUAAUGUUAAAAGUUUAUGCAUGUAAGAGUUAAUAUGUAGAUUUACUGAAUUAGUCAGACGAAUUUUGGAACAAUCGCGACGGAUGAGGUAGUUACUCGAGCAACAAGAUCUAUUGCUUCCGUACUAACAAAGAUGUAGAGACUUUUGAAUUUCUUCGGGACA